AUGAGGCAAAUACUAGGGGUGUGGAUGCUGGUCAUGAUGACAGUAGCUUUGCUAAAUAUUGAGCGGUAUCAUUGUUGUUUGGAGGAAGAGAGGAGUGGUCUCUUGGAGAUCAAAGCUUGGAUGAAUCACCCCGAUGGCACUUCCAUGCCAGACUGGGUGGAAAAUACUGAUUGCUGCAAGUGGACUGGGGUCGAGUGCGACAACACUACAAAACGAGUGGCCAGGCUCGAUCUUUCUUUUCAAAGGGAGUUUUGGAGGUUAGGGGAUUUGUAUCUCAACGCAUCUUUGUUUCUGCCUUUCAAAGAAUUACAGAGUCUUGAAUUAAUCUGGAACGGAUUAGUUGGUUUCUUAGAGAAUCAAGGUUUUGAAGUCCUAGCAUCAGGAUUGAGGAAACUGAAGAAACUUGACUUGGGUGGGAAUUCAUUUACCGACAGCAUUUUAUCAUCUCUACCUGCGGUUUCAUCUCUCCAGAAUCUAGACCUAUCAUUUAAUAUGUUGACUACAAUAUCUACUAGUAUCCGUGGUUUGAGGCAACUGGUGGAUCUUGAUCUAAGUGGAAAUCAACUUAGUGAUAGCAGUUUAUCACCUUUGAGUGGCCUUUCGUCUCUCCAGACUCUGCACCUAUCACAUAAUAGGAAGUUGGCUGGAUCAACUAGUAUUGCUGGUUUGAAGAAUUUAGAUACCCUGUAUCUCGAUGGAAUUGACUUCAAGGAAAGCGUUUUGAUCGAGUCCUUGGCAGAAUUGCCAUCCCUUAAGACCUUUUAUGCUAGGCGGAGUAAUUUAAGCAGAGCGCUAGUUGGUAAAGACGGUGAUUCAAGGGUUUUCAGGCUUUUUGGUCGCGACCCAGAUAGAGCAGAACUAGGCUUGCUUUGUCCCUUUAUGGAGGGUUUUGGGUUUAGUGAUGCGAGCAGUGCUGUCAGGAAGAAGAGGAGUAAUACAUCUCGUCGUCCACGGAAUGACUCGCACACACCUUCCGAUUACAUUGAUGUUUCAUCCUUAUCAUCCACACCACCUUCAGAAACUGUAAGCAAAGUGUCAAGCGAUGACAAUAAUGAUUGUGGUUCAAUUUCACGAAAGAAAAAAGUCAGUUUGAUUCUAUGCAGUUCAAGAGCUUCAUCUACUAACCUUGCUGACUGUGAAUCUGCCCAGAAUAUGAUGAAGAAUGAAGAUGGAGGAUUUGGAGAAUCCGAUGAAGCUUCCAACAAUUGUUCUUUUCGAGGAAGUAAUGAGCAGAGGCACAGUGGAGUGGAUUCUAGAAGGUCUAGCGAAGGUGUCCUUGCCCCAGCUAAUUGGAAAAGCACAAGUGGCUUGGGGCAUGUUGGAGGUUUUCCAGACGGAGUAGGAAAUGAAGGUAAAGUGAAAAAAGUGAAGCUUAAAGUUGGUGGUGUCACACGUACUAUCAAUGCAAAAUCUGCAUCUGAUGGUGCAUCUGCUGUUGGUUCUUCUUCUUCGAAAGCUUCUCGCUUCCCAGAUCCCCGGCAGAAGUUAAUUGAGGAAAAUUUGGAUGACAACCGUUCCUUUACUUCAGGUAAGGGAAGUGGUUUGCGAGGAGUCCCAUGGAAGGAUUUCUCUAGAAGUGGUCUGAAUGUUGGGAAAGUAGAUGGUUUGAGAGUUGAGGAUCUGUCUUCAAAGCAAACUGAUCAGUAUGAGCCAGUGCGUAAAAGUAAAAGGGUCCCUAAGAAACGGUUAUUAGAAGGUGUGCUUGAUGAUGGAGGUGAGGAUGAUGAUGAGAUUCGCUACCUUGAAAAAGUCAAGACAUCGAAGAUCAGCACUAAUUCUGGUGCAGAGUUCGAAGAUGAAGACGGAGGAAGCAGGAAACAGCGGAAGAUAUCAAGAGUAUUGAAGAGAAAUGUUGAUGUUCUGUAUGAUGUAGAUGCUGGGGAUCAUGGGUCAUCUAGAUUUGGCAAGGAGGGUAAGAAAUCUAAAUCAGGGAGAGUAUCUGUAGAUACUGAUUAUAUGGAAGAUGAAGAAUUGGGAUCGGAUGGUGAUCCUACAUCUAGGAGGAAGAAGCCAAGAAAAGAGUUAGCUGAUCUAUCAGUGGACUCUAAGAAGGAAAUGACGGUCACUACACGUCAGCGAGCACUUCAAACUGGCAAAGAGGCCUCCCCUGGUUUUGCUAGUUUGAUAGAGUUCCCAAAUGGGUUACCUCCAGCUCCUCCUAAAAAGCAAAAGGAGAAACUUACUGAAGUGGAACAGCAAUUGAAGAGAGCUGAGGCUCUUCAAAGACGCAGGAUGCAAGUUGAAAAAGCAAAUAGGGAAUCUGAGGCUGAGGCAAUCAGAAAAAUUCUGGGUCAAGAUUCCACUAGAAAGAAGCGUGAAGAUAAACUGAAGAAACGGCAAGAAGAAAUGGCACAGGAGAAAGCUGCAAAUGCUAUGUUACUUCCAUCAGACCAUGUUAGGUGGGUUAUUGGUCCUUCAGGAACAACUGUAACAUUCCCCAACGAAAUGGGCUUGCCUAGUAUAUUUGACUCCAAGUCUUACAGUUACCCUCCUCCCCGGGAGAAAUGUGCUGCUCCGUCUUGUACAAAUCCAUACAAGUACCGGGAUUCGAAGUCAAAACUACCCCUUUGUAGUCUUCAAUGCUACAAGGCAAUCCAUGAAAAGAUACAGCCUCUUACUGCUUGUUAA